AAUCUCUCAUCCUCCUUUUUUCCUCUAUAUGUAGAACUAAACAACACUCAUUUCCUUUUCAAUAAAAUUGAACUUAUAUUUCUGUGUAUGAAACUAUACUUCCAAUUUCCAUCACUGUGAAAAUGGCCUUCAGAACAAGGUAUUGGAAAUCCAUGGUGAACGCCAUGGAGGCAAAUCGAUCAUUUGCUUCUUCAACUGCUCCAAGAUUUUCCACUGCUGGUGGUUCUACGCAUGCCAAUCCUACACCCCACAAAUCCAAGUUCUCUAUGAAUGGGGAUAUGGCACCAGUGUAUGUAUUGGGUGGAACAUUAUCAUUGGCAAUAGGAUUAUGCCUCUUCACAAUGAAACAACAGUUGUUUCAUGGUCCUGGUGUUUAUGUCACAAAAAAGAAGAGAGAGAACCUUGCUGAAGUUGAUUUCCCAGAUGCAAUGGCUGGUUCUGCUAACAAGUAUAUUGACAAGUCUGUCUUGAGGAAAAUUGGCAGAAUCCAAGAGCCUAAUUCUCAAUAUGACCUUGACCCUUACACCAGGCCAAGAAAAGUUGAGUCCCUGAAAUCAGUUGGAGCUUAAGACAAAAUUGGAAAGUUUAACCACACAAGUCCUUUGAAAAUAGGUUUCCCUUUUUUCUAAUUUAGUUUUGCUCCCAUGGCACCAUAUAUGUUGUAAUAAAGUGCCAUAAAUUAGAGGAGAGUAGGUUUUGUCUUCCUUUAUUAAUUUGGGAUGUGUCUAUUUUUCACUUUUUUUAUUUAUUUAUUAUAGUUCUGAUCAAUUUCAUGUUGUUGGAUUUUGGAGAUUUUGUACUACAUUAGCUUUUUCUUUAAUUGCCAUUUUAUUUGAUUAAGCAUGUA